UGCCCCGACCUUUAGUGACAGUCGGCGAGGGGGGUGGACGGAGAGCUCGGCCCAUGUAAUGUAAAGUUUCCCUGAGUCCAUUACUUGUUCCCCAGUCAGUGACUUUGUUCUGUGGUCAGACGUCUGCGAUUUGUAUUACAGUCCGCCACCUGCUGCUAUUAUAAACCCUUAGGUUCUCCUCUGUAACCUUUACAAUGAUUCAGUGAGAGCUGAGGAGACCCUCCACCCCUGCCCCCGUCCUCAGGCUCCUCUCACCCCUCCCAGGUCACACACCACAACACUCACACCUCUCUCCGACCACUGGCAGAGACUCGAGAAACAAGGUCACAGAAGGAUUUCUCUGACUACAUAACCCAGCGCGCAGCUCCUGGCAGGAGAAGGUAGAAUGCCCUCUGGAGGGUUUCAGCCCAUUGCGGGCGGACAGCAGAUUGUCCGAGCAGGUGUCACAAAGACUCUGGUUCUGUCGGUCUUCACCGCAGUCUUGGGAUCAUUCCAGUUUGGAUAUAACAUCGGAGUCAUCAACGCGCCUCAGAGGAUCAUUGAACAGAGUUAUAAUGAGUCCUACAUUAGUCGACAUGCUCCUGAGUCUCAAUCAAUCGAUGCUGGACUUCUGCGGACUCUGUGGUCUCUGUCCGUGGCCAUCUUCUCCAUCGGUGGGAUGGUGUCUUCUCUGUGUGUAGGAGUCGUAUCUCAGUGGCUUGGACG